CUUUAAAGCGGUCACCCGGAACUAGCCGCUAAGAUAACACGGCGCUAAAAAUGCUAAAAAAAAUUAAUUUUUGUCUUAAAUACUGAACACACAUCCACAAGUUAUUGAGUAAAGCUCGAAAAGGUCACCGAGACGUUUAAUCCGGAUUUAUAUUUUUAUUUUUCGUGUGUGUACGAGAGGACGGUUAUUGACGGUCCCCGCGGCUGACGUCACGCGCUAGCAACCGCUUUGGAGAUAGGAGGGGGAGGGGGAGACAGAGAGUAUAGAGACACCGGUAGCUUUAGGACGUUAAAAGCCAUAGAACCGUCGGACGGGCCGGUCGCUACAAGAAAAAGAAAAUAGUAAGAGCAGCUCCCCAUUAACGCUUAGAACAAUAACGACAAGGCUGAAAGAUCCCGUUAGGAGUGACCGAUCAAGUUUCAACAGUUUUAAGCUAGCCAAAUUUUAGAAGCUGCUUUGUCCAUUAUCACUUUGUUAUAAUAUAACAGGACUUGAGAGUGGUGAAAGUGAUAACUCUGGAUUUUUAAACCCUGAGAGGUUGGAACUAAGUGCAGAAAGCGGUGGUGUUCGAGCUCACCUGCCGCCAGGAUUUCUUCUCCGUCACUUCCACACCCGAAGACCGGGAACACCGGGAUUUUUUUUGUGGUUUUUCUUUUUGUUUUGUUUUUUUUGUAAAAACACAAGCCGAAUCUAUAGUAUAACACCGAGGAAAGAGGAGGAGGAUAAACACAAACACACACACAGCACGGCAGGCACAAAGAGCGGAGAGCAUCCAGAGAGGGGAAGAAGGCGGACCGCACGGAGAGAUAGAGCGCGGUGAGAGGACAACAACCCGACUGAGCAUCCUUCUUUAAUUUCUGAUCUGCUCAGGAAACACUGCACGGCCGUACAGUACAAACGGGGAUCCUGAACGCCGUUUAUCCACGGAAAGACUCCUCCAGCAUCAGUCGCUCGUCUCCAGGGAUAGCUGCUCCCGAUCUGUUUGCCCCUGAGCCCUGCAGUACCCAGUCGUCCUCUCCACUUUGUCCCGAUGAAGGAGGCUGAUGCCAUCAAGUUGUUUGUGGGGCAGAUUCCCCGUAAUCUGGAGGAGAAGGACCUCAAGCCUAUCUUUGAGCAGUUCGGCAAGAUCUAUGAGCUAACUGUGAUUAAGGACAAAUACACUGGCAUGCACAAAGGAUGUGCGUUUCUGACGUACUGUGCGAGAGAGUCUGCGCUGAAAGCCCAGAGCGCUCUUCAUGAGCAGAAAACACUACCAGGGAUGAAUCGGCCAAUCCAGGUGAAACCAGCUGACAGCGAGGGCAGAGGCGAGGACAGGAAGUUAUUUGUGGGCAUGCUGGGAAAGCAGCAAAGCGAUGAGGACGUCAGAAGGCUGUUUGAGCCCUUUGGCAGCAUAGAUGAGUGUACUGUCUUGAGAGGGCCUGAUGGCACCAGCAAAGGGUGCGCUUUCGUGAAAUUCCAAGGACAUGCCGAAGCCCAAGCUGCCAUCAACAGCUUGCACGGGAGCCGCACAAUGCCUGGGGCGUCGUCCAGUCUGGUGGUGAAGUUUGCGGACACAGAGAAGGAGCGGGGGCUGAGGAGGAUGCAGCAGGUGGCCUCCCAACUCGGCAUCUUCAGCCCCAUGACCCUCAAUUUCCCCGCCUACAAUGCCUACACACAGGCGGUCAAUGCACAGCUUGUCCAACAGCAGGCCCUGGUUGCCCAGUCAGCGUACUUGUCUCCUGUGGCAACAGUUGCCGCCGUACAGAUGCAGCAGAUGGCAGCACUCAAUGCCAAUGGAAUCAUUGCCACACCCAUUACACCCAUCACACCAUCCUCGGGUACAAACACCCCCCCAACUAUUGCAGCAACACCUGUGCCAGCGCUUCCUCCACCGAUAGGAGUGAACGGUUACAGCAGCGUGCCAGCUCCCUCCAAUGGGCAACAAACAGAAACACUAUACACCAAUGGUGUUCACCCAUAUCAAGCUCAGAGUCCAGCAGCAGCCUUGGACCCACUACAGCAGGCCUACGCAGGCAUGCAGCACUACACAGCGGCGUACCCUGCUGCGUACGGAUUGGUCGGGCAGCCGUUCCCCCAGCAGCCAACACUUGUUGCCCAGCAACACCAGCAGCCCCAGCAACAGCAGCAGAGAGAAGGUCCAGAGGGGUGUAACAUCUUCAUCUACCACCUGCCUCAGGAGUUCAGUGACUCUGAGAUGCUGCAGAUGUUCCUGCCUUUUGGCAAUGUCAUCUCAGCCAAGGUGUUUGUGGACCGUGCCACCAACCAGAGCAAAUGCUUCGGAUUUGUGAGUUUUGACAACCCAGCCAGCGCUCAGGCCGCCAUCCAGGCCAUGAAUGGCUUCCAGAUUGGCAUGAAGAGACUGAAAGUGCAGCUCAAAAGGCCGAAAGAUGCCAACCGCCCAUACUAAGUGAUUACUGAGAGGAUGAAGAACAAGUGAAGAGAGGUGACCUUUCAGAGUCCAGCCGAGGAGGAAUCCCAGGGUUCAUUGUGCUUUCAGACUGUCUGCUGCCUGUGAGCGUACGCGGACUGCAGCCACACUCACGCAAACACACAAACAUACAUCGACACCGAACCUCAAAGGGUUCGCGGCUGAUAUGUACAUAAAAUGCACAAACACACACACAGACACACUUGCUGACACUUACACAAAUACACACACGAGUCAGUAAUCUCACCCAUACGGCCGAGACCUUGGUUUGACCGUAGUCUGUGUGGAACAGGGUGUUUAGUACAGCUAAGACAACUCAGACCAAGUGAGAAGGGUGAAAUCAACCUGCUGAUAUAUCACUCCAAUAGACUUUAACUUGUCUAUACCAUGUCUAAUACAUGACAAAUAUAGAGGGACCGAUGUUUCAUAAUAAAAACCCAAGAAAAUACAAAAAAAACGACUAAAUGAGUAGGUUAGAGAGACUUUGGAGAAGAUCCUAAUGACCUGUAAAUAGUUUAGUUUACAAAGAGCAGCAUUUAAAAAACAAGAAAAAAUGCAAAAAGAAUACUACUUUAGAUAAACACUGAGCAGGACACAGCAACAUUAUUAUUAUUAUUAUUAUUAUUAUUAUUAUUAUUAUUAUUAUUAUCAUUAUUAUUAUUAUUACCACUAGUAACAUCAUCAUCUUCAUGAAAGGAUAAUACAUUCCAAAUUGUAAAAUGGGAAAUCACUAACCUAUUUUAAAUUUCUACUUAGACUUUAGGUGAAACACGGGGGAGGGAGGGAUUGCACUUUUAUUCGGGAGGUUUUAAUAUUUGAGCUAUUUUUUAUUUAUUUACUAAUUUAUCAAUUAUUUUGUUUAUUGGGAGAAAAGGGGGUUUGAGUGGGUUGCAAUAUUUUGAUUUAGGAUUUUCUAGAGAAAAAAAAACAACUUUUGAGGGUCUGUUUCUCUCACUUCUUGCAAUCGAGUAAUUAUAAUGUAUGUAUUAAUUAUUACAGCAAUUAUAUUUAUUUCUAAUUUAUUGAAUCCUGUUUUUGAUCCACUCUCUUUUUAAGUUUAAAUAAAAAGUAUCAUACUAAAAUGCCUGAUGUGUAAUCCAUGUGAGAGUGUUUGCAUGCAUGUGGGAGGGGAAGAAAAGGAGCAGGACUGGUCCAAUGAAAAUCUGCAUUUGGAAGGUUCAGCAGGGAAGAGAGCGCACAUCCAACUUGUCACCAGGAGGGGGCAUCACUACGGAGCAGUAAUCAGAGAAGAAGGAGAGAAUU